AUUUAAAUUUUAAAUCCUGUUAUUUUUCAGGUUGUGAAACGUCUCAUAAAUGCUGUUUGUUUGACAGCUUGCUCUUUUUAAAACGUUCUCAUCAGUGAUUUGUUACUGAGCGCACACGUUUUUCCUGAUUCAUUUUGGUUUUGUGGGUCAAAGGUCACAUUCAGUGCAGCGUGCUGAACAGUUAAUGAGCACAGCUGACGUGAUUCAUUAUUUAGACAGUCAGAGCUGCUCCUGCGACCAUCAGCUCGGGGAAAAGCCCACCCGACUCAUUUCGCUGUUUCAGCUGCUUCACGUCUGACUUAAUGCCCGAUGAACGCCAGCUUUUAAUUCAGUUCAGUUCAGUUCACAACUAAAGUUAUCUCACCACACUUACAAAUAGACCAAACUCAUGCUGGCAUGUUAGCAUCAACGGCUUCAUAUAGUAAUCAUCAUCAUCAUCAUCAUCAUCAUCAUGUGAGAUGUUGUGAAAAUGUGACCAGAAAUAACUCCAGCUUUUAACAGCUUGUGUUAAAUGUUCAGCGUUGUUGUUUUAAAGGAGUAACUGCGUCCAGUAGAAACACGAUUUAAACAGCUGUGAUGAAGCUGAAUGCUCACCGUGGAGGAUUUUCACUGUUAAUGAAAUCUACUUUAUCUUUAAAGAGAAACAACCCAAAUGACCGCACACGCCAGCCAAUCAUCAUCAGCCGAGCAGUCGGUGAAAUAUGGAGACAAACUGGUCGAACCAGAAACAUGCUCAGCUCAAUGAAGGAAUGUCGAGUGCUUUGAAACGCUGAGAGGCAGACGCAGCUUGAAGUCAGAGCUUUCACACUGAAAAACACGUCAGGAAGUUUUCGUCGCUUUGCUGUGUUUUCACACAUGGAGAGCGAAGCCGAAGAUGACCAAAAAGAGCCUGAAAGACGUCUCCAAGAGGACGACGAGACCAAUGAAUCUGAAGGCCAAAAGGACAAAAACAUGGGGAUGAAAGAUCUUAAAAUAUGUCAGCAGGAUAAAAGGACCAUCAGCCCGCUAAGUCUUCUCAAGGAAGACUUCAGCCAGCUUAAGGAAGAAGUGCUGAAAGCGUUCAAGGACAAAGACACAAAGACAGAGCUUGAAGACAGACCAUCGAGUCAAGCAGAAAAUAAAGCUGCCAGCAGUACGCUUGGUCUGCUAAAAGAAGACUUCAACCAGUUCAAAGAAGACCUCUCAAAUGUCUUCAGAAUCGGUCUUUCCAAAGAGAGAGAUGCUGUGAAGGAGGACUCCUCUCACACCUUCAAGAUAAAAGACUCAAAAGCUGAAAGGACCAAUGAACCAUUUAAGAGUCUGUUCCGAAGAGACCAAAAGACUUGUCAAAAAGCAGAGAACAGCCAGGGAGCUAAAAAGACAUUUUCAGAGACGAGUGAAGAACAAUUGGAUGGUGGGUUUAGGGGAAGCCUCUCAGAGCAGAAGGAAGAGACGGUCAAUGAGCUGGACAAAACUGAAACGGCAAGUCUCUCUGAAACCCAGCAGAGUGAGGAGAGCAUUCCUGCAUCACAGGCAGCCAAGCAGAAAUGUGAGGGUGGAGCAGAAGACGAGAGGAUAAACGAUGAAGAAGACGAAGAGUCUCUGUGGGAGUCUCUGUCCUCACCUGGUCUCUUCAGUCUGAGACACCCAAACAAAGACAACAGAAGGGAUCAGCCGGGAGAUGAGUUGUGGUGGGUGAAAAACUUUGCCUGCUAUUUGACCUUUGACCCCAACACUGCCAACUCAGAACUUCUUCUAUCCGACUGCAACAGGAUGGCAACUCGAGUGUGGUCAGAUCGCCAGACCUUGGACCACCCAGACCGGUUCGAACGGUGCCCUCAGGUCCUGUGCAGGGAGGGGCUGCUGGACUCGGUCUACUGGGAGGUGGUAUGGAGCGGCGGAGCUGACAUCGGUGUCACCUACAACAGCAUCUCCAGAGAUGGAGACACAGCAAGCUGUCUGCUGGGACACAACCAGCAGUCCUGGAGUCUGGAGUGUUCAGAGGGAAGCUACACUCCCUGCCACGACAACAAGAGGUUCAGGGCCUCCUCACCCCGACCCUUCACCCACAGAGUCGGGGUUUAUCUGAACUGGUCUGUAGGCUCUCUUUCCUUCUACGCCGUCUCUCAGGACACCAUGGUCCACCUUCACACCUUCACCUCCACCUUCAGUGAGCCUCUGUACCCGGCUUUCUGGGUCUGGGCCUACGAUGGCUCAGUGUUGCUGAGCCAUGUGGAGUUAGCCUGGGAAAGACUGCUGUAGUGACCUGACAAGUGAUUACAUCCACACAUCCUGAAAACCAACUGCCAUGUUGUGAUUCACAGGUACGUCUCCCUCGACAGCACACAGGUGACGCCCAACUGCUGAUGUUACUCGUAAAUAUCAAACAUGUUCUAAAAGAUCUUGAUAAAAAUGAGUGGCAGCGACUUGAUCAGAAGACUUCACAUCAGACUCUUUACAUAUCAAACUGACCCAGACUGGAACAAACCAUCAGAUUAAUAUUCAGAGAUGCAAAUCUAACGUACGUCCAUUUAGGUGCCGUAACGCGCAACUUCAAGUCCACCUUAAGAGCACAUGAUAGCUCUGAAUUUAAAAGACUGAAUUUCCAACAGCAUCAUGUUUGUACUGAAACAUUUAUGAGCCUGCUUUAAUAAGGACCCAUCAGCAGAAUCAGUCUGAGCAAUUUUUACAAUCCGCUGUGUGUGUGUGUGUGUGUGUGUGUGUUAUUGUAUUUGUCUGACCUGUAGCUGGUUCUCCUGACUCCCUCGGGCCUCCUGCAGCUCCUUCUCCAGCUGCUCCAGACGAGCAACACGCAUCUGCAGCACGCACACACACACACACACACAGUUAUCCAGAUGUUCUUUCUACAGACCAGAUGUCUGUGCUGCAUGCCGUGAAGUAUACAGAAUACAUUCCUUUUGAUUUAGUUUGCUGUUGGUACGUGUAUCGAUGAAGCAAGUGAAGUGAAGUGAAGGUGUGAGCGACCCUCCGGUCAGCAGCCGGCGGCCUCAGUCUCACCUGUGUUCUCUGAACCAUCUCGUCGCUGGUGCCGAAGCGCUGCUCCAUCACCGACUGAACCUGCUGAGCUUCAAACUCCAGCUGCUGUCGGAUCAAAUCCAUCUGCAGAGAGAACUGCAACACACAAGCAGGUCAGCGGUCGAACAACGGACGCACACACACGCGCGCGCACACACACACACACAGGUCAGCAGUCUUUGUUUGUUGGUUGGAUAUUUUCUGAAACAGGAAUAAACAUUUGAACCAAUAACAUCAAUAAUCUUUGGCUGCAUCUUCACUCCUGUUCACAGUCACAUUAGCUUGUGUUUUGUCCUGAGAAAACCAACAGCAUCAGUCAUGUCAUGUUUUGGCCUGACAGUCCAGCAAAACAUCACCGUCAUCACACAGAACACGAAGGUGCUGGAUGGUAAAACAGCAGCGGCAAACGGCAGAAGUUAGCGUUAUGUUACUUUGGAGCCUGAAAACUUUGCUGCUGCUCUCACCAUUUCGAUGCGAGGCAGCUGAGCCAGUCUCUGUGACAGCGCCUCCAGCUGGCUGAAGUACCAGCAGCGCUCCCUCUCCUCCCGGUCGAUCUC